AUGAAAAGAGGACGAAGAAAAGGUGGCAACAAGGAUAAAGUGUUCGGCUGUGACCUAGCAGAGCAUUUAGCCACGACCAAUCAAGAAAUUCCACAGGUACUGCGUAGCUGCAGUGAAUUCAUUGAAGAGCAUGGAGUAGUAGAUGGGAUCUACCGGCUGUCCGGGGUGUCAUCCAACACACAGAAACUAAGGUCAGAGUUUGACACUGAGGGGACUCCAGAUCUGUAUAAGGAUGUGUAUCUGCAGGACAUUCACUGCGUCAGCUCGCUCUGUAAGGCUUACUUCAGAGAGCUGCCCAACCCUCUGCUCACCUACCAGCUGUAUGACCACUUUGCUGAAGCAGUAGCUGUUCAGUUAGAACAUGAGAGACUGGUGAAGAUUAAGGAGGUGCUCAAAGAGCUGCCAGUGCCCCACUACCGGACUCUGGAAUAUUUAAUGAGACAUUUAGUCCGGAUGAGCACGCACUCUUCUGAGACUAACAUGCAUUCCAGAAACCUUGCCAUUGUUUGGGCUCCCAAUCUCCUCAGAUCAAAGGACAUUGAGGUAUCUGGUUUUAAUGGCACUGCAGCCUUCAUGGAGGUGCGAGUCCAGUCCAUUGUGGUGGAGUUUGUUCUGACGCACGUGCCUCAGCUGUUUCCUGAAUCGGACUCUGAACUAGGAUGGGGAAGAGAACGCAGGAAGUCUCUCCCGUCACCUUCCCUUCAGCCUGGUCAGCAAGAUGAGUUCAUUUUUAAAGCCAUCCCCUUUCAAUGUCCAGGCAACAUGAGUCCUGGUGACGGGCCUCCACCAAUGAGACCGUACCACGCUAUCAUUGAUGGCACAGACAAGAGAAAGGGAUCAUUAAAAGGAAGAAAAUGGAAAUCCAUCUUUAAUUUGGGUGGGAGACUCCAUGAUCCCCGCAAGAAGAACAAAUAUGCACCUAAGGAAAAAGAUCAGAACUCUUUAAGACCUGCUAAGAGUAUGGACUCUUUGAGCUCAGGACCUUACACACAAGAAGAUUCACGACAUGCUGGCACACACCUGUCUCCUGUCGCAGUGCCGCCUGGAAAUACAGAAAUACAGGCUCCUGGAAAAGGGGGUUUGUCCAGUGGCUAUGCAGUUACUUACAGGCGCACAGGCGGGGCUAGUGUGAGCGUGGUUAGCGGAGGGGCCGGGGCCCAGGGCACAUACAAAAGCCUGGAUACGGGGGCCGUUACCAGCGGAGACAAAUCACCGGCUGUAUCACAUGCUGCCACCAUCAAGGCGGAGCGUCGAGCAGGAAUGCACAUUUCUGGACCUUUUUCAGUAACUGUUCCUCUCCAUAUAACAUCGGGACUGGCACUAGGGGUCCUCCAGGGGGGUAGAGUUGAGGAGGAACAGCUUACGCAGACACUGGCUGAGGAGGUUCAGCCAAAGACAGUGAAGCAGGAGAAGGAUGAAGACAGGGAGCUGGAAGAGUUAGAAGUAAAGGAGACAACUGAGAAAAAAACAGAAGACCUAGAAGAAAUAAAAAAUGAUAAUAUAGACAAUGGACAUGAGGGAGAUGCAAAGAAAGAGGAUGAAAAAGAAGAAGAGAAGAAGGACUUGCCAGAAGAGAGAAAUGAAUCCAAAGAAGAAGACAGAGAGGAAGAGUUUGUAAGUGAGGAAGAGUGUAAAGAUGAGAGACAAGAUCUUUCAAACAGACCUUCACUCAGCGAUGGAGACUACAUGGUCAUGAGACCGGUAUUACCGCCAUGUCCCACAGAAGCCGUGGAACACAGUGAGGACCUCAGCCCACAGCCACUAGACAUAUCGUAUCCAGAACACGACCUUCCUCUGGAUUUUCAGGACACUUUUGGAUUCCUGGAUCUGAUGGACACUUCUGCCUCAAAUCAGGUAAAUGAAUUCUCAGUGGAGCCACCUGCUUUUGAAGAUGAAGAGGAGGAAGAAGAUAAGCAGAGUCCAUCUCAGCAUUAUCCAGCAUCACUGAGUUAUCUGGAUAAAGAAAAACCCAGAUUGGAUUUGUCCACACACUCACACCGACUCCAGGCAGGCAAAUCACACAGCCUCCCUUAUAAAUCAAGGCCUUUCCUGCCAAUCGCAUGCUUCUCCUCUGAUGAAGAUGAUUACUCAGGACCUGAUGAUGAUGAUGAUGAUGACAUUGAAUCUGAUAAAAGUGAGUAUGAGGACAUGUUUUAUAAAAGUCUCCCAUCAUCAAGUCACUUCCAGGGUUUAAAAUGGACAUGCCCCCCAACCUUCACAAUAACAACCACAGAUCAGUCAGAUGCCUUAAAUCAGACUCCCACCUCAGAGCUGCCAGAGAACGUUCAAGAUCUCGCCCCGGUGGACAAACCUGGGAUCUUAGAAAAUCAAUCGGAAACUGAAAUCAUGGCAAAUAAUGAGAUAGAUUCCAGUGACCAAUGUCUGGAUGAAGCAGAUUUCAGUCCACUUCCUUUAGAGGCAGAGUGUUUAACUAUGGAUGAGAAGAAUUGUGAUGGCAGGAAUGGAGAAGAAAGUGAACCAGAUGAGGCUUGUGAUGUAGAUGAAAUAAUGCAAGAGGAAAGUAAAGGAUUGGAAAUUACUGACAGCAAAGAAGACACACUCUCCUGUAGCCAAGAAGAGAGCCAUUCCAUAAACAGUGAACCCCAAACGAACACGUGUUUUUGUCCAGAUGCUACUUUUGCUUUCCUGGAACUUUGCAACAUUGAUAUUUCCUGCCACAGUGAUCAACCUUUUAUUAAAGAGGAAGAAAUCAUCUCAGAUUAUCAACAGGAGAGUCCUGAAGGUGACACUGAUAUGGCUGAGAGUGAGGUUACAAUUACAAACAGCACAGAUUCUGUAUUAGUGGCUGCUUGUGAUAAUGCACAGUCAACAGUUUUGUCAGAGGAAACAAAAAUUUUGGUGGAAUGUAUUGUGGAGGAAGUGGAGGAUAGGGGUGAUUUAGGAGAAAAAGAAAAGGAAGACGAAAGGGAGGCAGUGGUAGAGAAGAUGAAAAGAGAGAUCAGUGAUGAACAAAUGAAUGUAGAGACAAAUGCUGUUGCACCAGAAGAGGUCACAAAUUUAGAUAAAAAUAAGAAAGAUGAGGAUGAAAUCAACUUUGAAACCCAGAACCAGAAGACAGAUGGAGGGGAAAAUAGUGACCACGGCAUGGUGAUAGAUGAUGUAGGAGAGAAAACAGAGGAUGUAAAGGAUGUAGGUGUUACAGAAAUAAAAGAUAAAAUAGUUUAUGAAGAAGAACACACGACGUCUGAGGAUGAUCCACAGUGCAGCUCAGAUGUUCUUUUAGAAGAAAAAGUAAUCGAAGACAAACCUGCUGAUCCAGUAAAAACAGAUAGCGAAGAGCCAGUGAAGUAUCCCAGACUUGAAGAAAUAGAAAAAGACAGUGGAGUUAACCUCGGGCCAGGUGUCAGAAGGAUGGUGAUUGCAUCCAAACACACUUCACCUAAAAUCUAUCAGGUAAAAGCGGUUCCUGUAGUACCUCCCAAACCCCAGCAUUCAAAAAUCACCGCUUUUAAACAACAGUUUCAGCAAAACGAUACAAAACAACAACAGAAAUCAAAACAACAAAUAAAGAAAGGUAAUGCUGAGAAGGUUAGAAUUAACAACCCAAAGAUGUCACAUCAACAAAACAGUGACUCUAUAAAUGACAAUACAAGGCAGAAUCAUGAUGCAGAGACAGAAAAAAAGACAGAUAAAGAGCAGCUGCAGGAACACAAGGCAGAUCAAGUUAAAAAGCAGCUGAGGGACACACAGGCGUUCCAUAGUUUUGGAGGAGAGCUGAGAAAUGACACAGAAGAUCAUAAACAAAGACGAGACACCUGGGAUGGUGGGAGUCUGAGAAAAGACAUUCCGAGGGAUGUAGACAGGGAAACAAAAAAAGUCAGCUCGAUUAGUAUCUGUUUUGAUGAGGCUGUUGCGAGAGCAACAGGGAAACUCUGCAGAGAAAAGGAAUUGUUAGAAAAAGACAGACUCCUGGAUUUGCAGGUAGAAAAGUUUGAGCAGAAAGAAGGACUGAAACAGAGACAGAGAGAUGAGGAUGAAAAAAUUAACUGACAUUAAGAACUGUAGGAAAAAGGUCUAAAAAGUCUAAAAAUAUCUAUAUUUUAAGGAUGUAAAAAUCACGACUGUGGUUACAUAGUAAAAAUCCAAGCAAAAUAUAUUUUAAAAAUUACAUAUUUAGGCGUCAGGAUCGAAUCAAAGUGCAUGGACAUCAGGGCGGCAGUUCCAAUGAUGAAGGUCCAUGGAUGUCUCUGGUCAUUAGUGCAAACUACGAAGGUGUAAAAUAUGUUUAUAGACAAGAACAUUUAUUACUGAUUUACUAUUAGAAAUUUUGCUACUGAGAUUAGUUAUUUUCUUUUUCCAUUGCCUCAGACAGAAUUUAACUUUUUGAUAACUGUAUAUUAGACUCUACUAUAUGCAUGUUUUCAGUGACAAAAAAACAAACAAGAAAAACAAACUAAACACAGUAACAUUGCCUACUAAAUAAAGCAACAAUAAAGUGUUCCCUCUGUCAUCGAAAGGUUGAUUUUUUAAGUCUCAAAAAUGCUAAACUACUCAUCACAAGACCAUGUCCAAGAACAUGACCGACCUUACUCUCUGGGUGGUAGUUACUGCUUUCUUUGAUCAAAGCCUCAUUAGUGAGCCUACAAAUAUGAUGUGCUAUGGGUAUUGCAUGUGUCUCAGAGAAAGCAUGUUAGUCCUCACCCUCACAGAAUGAUGGGUGUUCCAUGAUAGGGGAGACAUGCCUAAGCUGGUAACAGGCAGUGACUAAAUUAGGAGAUGGGAUAAAAUUUCAGAUGUAGCUUUUUGGGACUUAUGGGGAACAAACCUUUAAUCUUAUGUAGUCUACACUUAUAUUGUAUAAAAACAUGACUGCCUUAAAAUGAAUGUGUAAAUUUGUAAGGAAUCCUAGCCAUUCAUUUAUGUGUUUUGAAAUCCAUAUUCUGUUUAUGAGAUAUUACUC